AUGUCCGGCGUCAAGUCUCGGUUGUCGAGCCUGGUUGGCCAUCUAACUGGAUCAACCUCGGCCCCUUUCGAACACCGCUUUAACAACCACACCCUCUCGCCGACUUUCUUCCUACCCAGGGCGGCAGCGAUUGAACCUGAUGCGGAAGCGGUCUACCAUGUGACUGCCAACAAUAAGAUUCUUCGCAAAAGCUACAGCGAGCUUGCAGAUCGUGCACGUGGUCUGGCAUAUUACUUGAAGAACCGCGGGUUCAAAAGAGUCGGCAUCCUGUGCCCGAAUACCCCGGCUUUCUUGGAGUCGAUUUUUGGGAUCGCCGCUGCGGGGGGUAUCAACGUUGCUGUCAAUUAUCGUCUUAAGAAAGAAGAUAUCGCCUACAUUUUCGAACAUGGAGAUGUUGACGUGAUCAUCGUGGAUAAGGAAUUUGAGUCGCUGCUCGAGACAUACCAAUCCCAGCACCCAAACAUUCCCAUCAUCGUGGAUACUGAUACCGGUGCGACCGAGCAAGAAUUUAUGGGUCCUUUUGACCAUGCAGUGCUCGAAGGGUUGAAAUUCGAUUCGGAGACUGGCGCGCAGGGGUGGGAAGCCCUAGAAAGCCAGGCUGCGGAUGAAGAAACCAUAAUCGCAUUGGCAUACACUAGUGGAACUACUGCCAGACCGAAGGGUGUUGAAUACACCCAUCGAGGUUGCUAUCUAGCAGCCGUGGGAAAUGUCAUUGAGUCUGGCCUGAACUACCAUCGCGGUCGGGCCAAGUAUCUCUGGACGUUACCCAUGUUCCACGCCAUGGGAUGGACAUUUCCAUGGGCCGUGACCGCAGUCCGCGGCACUCACUACUGCCUACGCAAGAUUGACUAUCCGGAGAUCUGGAGACUGCUCAAAGAAGAGCAUAUCACCCACUUCAAUGCCGCACCAACAGUCAAUACCCUUCUCUGCAACUCGAAGGAAGCUGAGAGUCUUCCCAACCCCGUUCGCGUUACCGUGGCAGCCAGUCCACCGACACCUCAUUUGUUUGAACAAAUGACGGAUCUCAACCUGCAUCCGGUCCAUGUAUACGGCAUGACCGAGACAUACGGGCCCAUUACCAAGGGAUACUAUCUUCCGCAGUGGGAUGACAUUCCAUUGAAGGAGAAGUACCAACAGAUGGCCCGACAAGGCCAUGGCUUCAUUACCAGUCUCCCCGUGCGGGUGAUCAAAACUGACGUGCCCGAGGGAACGAUGACUGAUGUGACACGAGAUGGCAAGGAGAUUGGUGAGAUUGUUUUUAUCGGCAAUAUCUGUGCUCGGGGGUACUUCAAGGACUCCGAGGCUACCCGCAAGCUGUUCGCGGGUGGCGUGCUUCAUUCUGGAGAUCUGGCUGUCUGGCAUCCUGAUGGUGCUAUUCAGAUCCUCGACCGAGCCAAGGAUAUUAUCAUUAGUGGUGGCGAAAAUAUAUCAUCCGUGGCACUGGAAUCUAUGCUAGCCACGCAUCCCGAUAUCCUCGAGGCUGGUGUUGUGUCUGUCCCUGAUAGUCACUGGGGAGAACGACCAAAGGCGUUUGUUACGGUCAAAGAGGACAAGCAGCUUGCGGGACAGGACGUGAUCGACUGGGCCCGGAACCACAGUGGAAUCAGCAAGUUCAUGAUUCCGCGUGAGGUGGAGGUGGUCAAGGAGCUGCCUAAGACCAGCACGGGAAAGAUCAGGAAGAAUGUCCUGCGAGAAUGGGUAAAGGGGCCACGAGCAGACAACUGA